UAUUUCAUCGAAUUAUAUUUUGUUAAAAAAUUUCAACGAUAAAUAUUAAUAAUCAUUUUCAAAAUGUUUUCAUUAAAGUUAAAUUUUUUAUUACUAUAUGUGUGUUUAUGUACAAAAGCAUAUACGUCUUCAAAAAAAUCAAUGGAUCAAUUAGAUAAGUUACUAAAAUAUCCGGGAUGGAAAGAUUUAAAUGAAGUAAGCUCUAUAACAUAUCUUACAAAAAUAUAUUAUCUUGAAAAUCUGAUUGAAAUACCUACAGAUCGAAAUAUAGGUGAGCCAAAGAUACGAGCCUUGACAGUAUUUCUAAGUUGCACAUACGCAAAAGUUAUAAAUAAUAUUUUUUCAAUUAUUGUCAACUGGGAUGAAAUUUGUAAAAAUCAAAAUGAAGAAGACAACGACUUAAUAAAUGGAUGCAUUUAUACUAAAGAACUCAUAAACAUAAUAGCCAAAUUAAUUGUUCCAAUAGCAACAUUGAUGAAAGGUGCAAUGGAUGCUUUAGAUUUAUUACAUCAUUUACUAUUUGCCAAUUUUAAAAUACAUGAUAAAAAUGCCUACAUAAUAAGUUAUUUAUUAGAUAGAAUAGAAAAUAUUUUUGGCAAAUUGCUUGAUCCGAGUCUAUCAUGUGAUAGUUCUACAAACUCUUGGACAUUUGAAAUUGUUUAUACAUUCUUUAAAAGAAUAAUACAACUUUUACAAUUUGCUACUGGUAAAUAUUGUGAAUUUGUACCUUACAAUACAAAUUAUUUAUGGAAUGAAUGGGUUCAAGAAUAUAGAGCCAUUAACCAGAAAGUAAAAUUAAUAUUUUUUAAAUUCUUAACUAGGAAAAUUAAAAAUUAUAUCAAGACAGUAAUUGUCGAAAAGUAUUUUCAACUGGGAUUUAAAUUUGAUCCAAUUACUGAAGAAACGUUUAUACAAACACAAGAGGAAUUCAUUGAACUAGAAUUAGAAUUUAGAACAACAGACGAAGAACCUCCAACGCCAGUAUAAAUAAUGUUAAUAAAUAAUUAAUUUUGUUUUUAAUUUAUAUUUCAUAAUUAAUUACAUUUUUAGUAUUACUUAGUAAAUAUUUUAAUGAUUACUAAAACAUAGACAUUAAUAGUGAAUUACACAAUUAUUUAUUGGUUAAACACAUGGAAUUUUAAUACAUUAUUGAUAUUAACAAUUAUAAAAAUUUAAUAUAAAAGUGUUCUUCAAAAUAGUUAUUAAUAGACUGGAUUUUAUUAUUGAAUCAUUAUUUAAUAAAUAAAUGAGUUAAUAAUUAACUAAUAAUUACAUGUAUAAUUAUUAUACAUGUAUGCAUUUAAAAAGACCGAUAUUUUUAUUAAAUUUUGUUGCUUGUGUAUAUACAGAGUGGAACGGAUCUAACUGACAACUCUUAUAACUUAUGAUCUACAUAACAUUUUAUACUUUUUAUUUUUUCAAUUAAUUUUUACAAUAUAGAACUAUAUUUCAAAUAUGUUCUAUGUUAU